AUGCUAAGCAUUUGGCAAGCUUCGGGUAACAAGCUGACCUCUUUUCCUGUGGAGGAGGUGGCAAACAUGUGUGAUGUGAAGAACCUGAAGAAGCGCUUAACCAAAUUGUGCGGUGCCUCGCGAUUUCGACAACGACUGCUCCGAGACGGGACUAUUCUCAACGACAAUGUCCUCUUGACUGAGCCUGCAGACCUCCAUUUGGUCUUGCUGCCGUUCUGCCGCAGUUCUGACAGUCACAAAGAGCGCGUGAAUGCGGCCAUAAGACGUGGGAAUACUGAUUAUGUCGAAUCAAUGCUACAAGGCCCUCACGAUCCAGAAGCCCUGACAACUCCGCUGUCUUCCCCAAUGCUUGUAGCAUCUUAUUACAGAUGGAUUGAGAUAACGAAGCUGUUGCUCGAAGCCCGGGCUCAUGCCGAUCGUGCAUUUCAAGACGAGACUCCUUUGUUUGUGGCGGCAUCCAAGGGUUCUUUGGGCAUUGUGCAGUUGCUCUUAGAUGCCGGUGCUGACAAAGAUCGAUCGUGCAGAGGCAUGACCCCUCUGUUCGCCGCCGUACGAGGGCUUCACCUGUCUGUUGUUGAACUCUUGUUGGAAGCGCGUGCUGCUUGCGACCCUGUCAGCUGCUUCGGAGGCCAGCCUGCAACUCCUCUGUACUAUGCUGUUGCUUCCGAUUACACGCCACCGGUCCCAUUGCUCCUGCGUGGCAGAGCUGAUCCAAAUCAUGUUUGUGCCAGGGGCAACACACCUCUCCACGUAGCUUCGGAGAAGGGAUUAGCGAACACCGUGAAUCAGCUCUUGGCAGCGAGGGCUGGCGUGGAUUUUGUUCGCACAACAGGGCAUACGGCGUUGCACUUGGCCUGUUCCCGGGGCUAUGAUGCAAUCGUGCAGAAGCUCCUGGAAAACUGUGCCGAUAAGGAUCAAGCUUCCAGUCAUGAUGGUAUGACGCCUCUUCACUUGGCAUCUGCCCCAG